GAGCAAAUUUCGCAGAAUCCUUAUAUAUGUUUUGGUUCCUAAUUCGUCAGCUGUGCACUAUGACACCUGGAGCGAAAAUCUGCAAAGAAUUAUAACAAAACGUCUCAUCAAAACAACGCCUCCCCCUAUAGGAAAUAUAAGUGAAAGUUUAGAGUUUUUUAAAUAAACAUAUAAAACACAUAAUUUAAUGUCGAUGUUUAAGGCACGUGUUAAAGAAUUUGAAGAUGCACUAGAAGGUCCCGAAAUUGACAUAAAUGCACUGCGAAACCUAUGUUUUUAUGGAAUACCUGACAUAGGUAGUUUUAGAACAACUUGUUGGAAAAUUCUUCUUGGUUAUUUAGGACCGAAGCGGAGCACAUGGACUGAAACGCUAAGCAAAAAACGAGCAUUGUAUCGUCAAUUCAUAGAAGAAUUAGUACUGCCACCUGGUCGAAAUGGAAACGACAAUCAAGAUAAUACAAAUACUGGACUUAAUGAUCACCCCUUAAGUGAAGGACCUGAAAGCGCUUGGAAUACGUUUUUCCAAGACAAUGAAUUCCUCUUGCAAAUCGACAAAGAUGUUCGACGCUUAUGUCCCGAUAUAUCCUUUUUCCAACAAGCAACUGAAUACCCUUGUGACAUUGUGGUGCAUAGCAAAGGUGAACGAAGAUUGCAUCAACGUGUUGUCCCCACUAUGCUAAGCUCAGCGAAUGUGGAACGCAAGGGUUUAGGUAUUACAAAGAUAAAUCUUAUCACAAAGCGUUCCAAUGAAAAUUACGUAGCAAUGGAGGAAGGGCUGGAAGCACAUUGGGAAGUAGUGCAGCGCAUUCUCUUCCUUUAUGCUAAACUAAAUCCAGGGCAGGGAUAUGUCCAAGGCAUGAAUGAGAUUGUUGGCCCAAUAUAUUAUAUUAUGGCCUCUGAUCCUGAUCUGGAAUACAGAAAAUAUGCUGAAGCCGAUUGUUUUUUCUGCUUCACCGCUUUGAUGAGUGAAAUACGUGACUUUUUCAUAAAAACGCUCGACGAUUCUGAAGGCGGUAUAAAAUUUAUGAUGGCGAAAUUAGCUAAUAUGCUUAAACAAAAAGAUCCAGAGGUCUAUAAUAAACUAAAAGAACAAGAACUGCAUCCACAAUACUAUAGUUUUAGAUGGAUUACGCUGCUGCUAUCACAAGAAUUUCCACUACCCGAUGUGGUGCGCAUAUGGGAUUCUGUUUUUUCCGAUGAACACCGUUUCGAAUUCUUAAUAAGAAUAUGCUGUUCGAUGAUUUUAAUUCAACGAGAACUCAUACUAAAAAAUGACUUUGCAUCAAAUGUAAAACUUUUGCAAAAUUAUCCGCCUAUUGAUAUCAACAUAGUGUUGUCGCACGCCGUAUCUUUGAAUGGAUAAUACAGAUUGCUGUAAAAAACAAAAAACAAAAAACAAAUAUAGACAUCCCAAGCCAAUUUUUACACGCCAUUCUUAUAAGGCAAACACUAGUUAUACAUAAAAAAUACACAUUUCUAGCUUUUAAGAAUCUUCAUUUAUAAUUUAUAUACUCGGAUUUAUAGUAGCUAUGCUAUAUACAUAUAUAUUAAAUAACUCAAAUCAUUUUACUCGAAAUGUUCAUUUAAUAUAAAUAUUUAUCUUUUUAAUAUAUUUUUUACCCAAUGCAGAACUUAUAAAUAAUUUUCAUGCUUAACUUAAAGGGCUAUAUCCAUUUGGAGCCAGAUAAAAUUACUUUUGAUUAAUAUACAAUACAAAAAAGACUUUUUGAAACUCACAAGUGCAUAUAACCCCAUCAUAGUUAGGUUAAACAGCGAUCUAUAAGUUAAAUACUCAAUGUGAAUCAAAGUAAAAUACUUUCUGCCCCGCACGUGUUUUCUGAAAACCAAUGAGCUUCAUAAUAAGCUAACCUCAAAGAUAGCCCAUAUCAUAAAAUAACUAAUGAUAAUAUUAAAAAAAAAAAGUUAAUAAAAACA